UGAUGCUUCUGCAGGGGAUUUUCCUGCAACUGCUGGUAUUCUUGGCCUGAGGAGAAGCGCCGCGCCGUGGAAAAGGCGUGAGUCGUUCGCCAGUAGCCACACCUCGACCAAGGAUCGUUCAAGACGAGCCCAUUUAAGAGGGUAGAGGGCAUCAUGUGGAGUCCCACUGCGUUGCUGAACCCGGGCAAGGCUGGGACCUCCCCGCCGGCCAGGCCGCAGUCUGCCGGUGCCGUUCCGGUUUCCUCGACUCAUUCAACUCCGUCUGCGCAGCCGGAGAUGUCUUUCCAGUUCGCUAAUCCCGGCGAACACCUGGCCGUCGAUUUCGCCGGCGUGCCCCUCACGGCGCCGGGAACCCCCAUGGGCCUGCCUGUUUCGCAGCGCCACCUUCCGACCCUGCCAUUCUACCAGAACGGCUUCAGUCACAGCAUCGAGCGCUUGCAUAAUGUGCAGGAUCGCACCGCUGUUCCCCAGCCAAAACGUCGGAAGACGACCAACGAGAACGACCCGACACCCCUGCUUCCGGCACAGAACGCUACUUUUUCUGGUUUCUCCGGGGCAGGCACCAGCAUUCUCACCCAGCACAUCAAGCAGCAGCAGUUUGGGGACGCCAACCAGACCAACCCAGCGCGGAAACCAUCCGAGACAAUUGAUCUGACCGAGGGUGACUCGGAGGAGCCGGUCUCGCGAGUUCAGACACCUAGAGAAGCGGUUAAAGAUGAGGAGGUCUGUUAUGGCAUGGUGGAAGGCGCCUCGAUUAACUGUCACAGGGUCCCAGCACCGAAACCGGGCAUGGUCUCCAUUAACGGUGAUGGCUAUUGGCCGCAGGUCAAGGUUGUGCUGAAGCGAAAGGCAGAUGACCAGACGAGUGUCAUCUCCGUCUACGAUCACACACGCCACAUCUUCGGGGUCAUCGAUGUCAAGUCAGCAGAGUGUCUAGCCCCUCUCUUGGAUUCGGCCCUGCGGAUACGUACAGACUGCCGGAUUCCCUCGAGGCGGAAGCUCCCCGGCGAGCAGAUCGGCGCGCCGACUUCAUUUAGUUGCAAGUUUGAGCUCAUGGUUUACGGACCUAGAAAAUUCGCCAACCAGGUCGGGAACCACAUGUCCUCCAGAAAGCUCAACCUCGUGAGCCCCUCGCGGGUUGAGAGCGGGGUCAGGGUUUUCAAUCCCAUGGCAACCGAAAACAGGCACCCUACAGCUCCCCGUCCAAACAACGGGAGCAGCAGUCAACAGUACCGUCUUCCGCCCGUAGUGCGCACGGUCGAAGAGAUUCGUUCCGAGGUCUUGGGUGUCUUUGAUUCCCUCCCCAAAUCGGAGGAGCUACCUGAAGCGGACCCCGAUCCGCGGGUCCUGACAGCUCUACUCAAGCAUCAGCGGCAAGCCCUCUACUUCAUGGCGGCUCGGGAGUCUGAGCAACUACCGGACUCUGGUAAGGCCCUAAUCACGUCAACCUGGCAGCGCAAGAAAGACCGGUUUGGCACCGUGGCCUAUUACAAUGUCGUCACCAAUCAGACCCAGCGAGAGCAGCCCCCGUCGACUUUGGGUGGUAUCCUGGCCGAUAUGAUGGGGCUGGGUAAAACUCUCAGCGUGCUGUCGCUCAUUACCAAAACCCUCGACGCCGCAGACCGUUGGUCGCAGCUUGCUCCUGUCCAGCCGAAAGCUCCCGAGCGGAGAUCGCAACACCCUCUCCAACAUCAGUUCGAGAUGCCGAAACCAGCGUCUCUUGACUUGACGCCACUGCGGCAAAACGCCAAGGCAACUUUGCUCGUGUGCCCUCUGAGCACCGUCACCAACUGGGAAGAGCAGAUCAAGCAACACAUCAAGCCGGGUACAAUCUCUUACCACAUAUACCACGGGCCCAACCGCGUCAAGGACGUCGCGCAAUUGGCACAGUUUGACCUGGUCAUCACCACGUACGGCUCCGUCGUGAGCGAACUCAACUCGCGAAACAAGCGGAAGCGGGGAGCCUAUCCUCUCGAGGAGAUCGGUUGGUUCCGCAUCGUUCUGGACGAAGCCCACACGAUCCGGGAACAGAACACUUUGGCAUUCAAGUCCAUUUGCCGCCUGCAGGCGAACCGCCGGUGGGCCGUCACGGGAACCCCGGUUCAGAACAAGUUGGAGGACCUGGCUGCGCUUCUCGCCUUUUUGCGGCUAAAGCCCUUUGAUGAGAAGAGCAAGUUUCUACAGUUCAUCAUCCAGCCCUUCAAAGCCGCAGAUCCGGAGAUUGUGCCCAAGCUCCGCGUUCUCAUCGAUACCAUCACGCUGCGGAGGCUCAAGGACAAGAUCCACCUUCCUGAUCGCACGGACGAGGUCAUGAGGUUAGACUUCAGCCCCGAGGAGCGGCAGGUUUACGACUGGUUCGCAAAGACGGCCCAGGACCGUGUCCGGGCCUUGACCGGUCAAGGAAUAGGCCAAGAACGUAUCGUGGGUGGGAAGACCAUGAUACACAUUCUGCGGUCGAUUCUACAGCUCCGCUUGAUUUGUGCUCAUGGCAAAGAACUCCUCAACGACGAAGACCUCGCUGACCUUCAGGGCAUGACCGCUGACACACCUAUCGACCUCGAUAGCGAUGGCGAUGAAGACCAGCGCCCCGUGCUCCAGGAGAAGAAGGCAUACGAGAUGCUCUAUCUGAUGCAGGAGGGCAACAGCGACAAUUGUUCCAGGUGCAACGCUAAGCUGGGAGCUAUUGAGGUGGACGAUCCCGAGUCCGAUCGCCAGGACGACAUCCUUGGGUACAUGGCACGAUGCUUCCACACGUACUGUCCGCCCUGCGUGAACCUACUCCGGAGUGAGCAAAUCGGCUGCGGCGUAUGCGCCCGUCUCACCAAGUCGUCCUGCGUCGAGCUGAGGCGCAAGCGCGCUGACAUCGAGCACGAAUCCCGCGUAGCCAAGAACAAGGGCGGCACGGGCAAGAUCAUUCCAGAUGAUCGCUACAGUGGGCCACAUACCAAGACUCGUGUUCUGGUCGAGGAACUGCUCGCCAACAAAGAACAGAGCGCCAUGCGCCCGGACGAGGCUCCAUUCAAGUCUGUCGUCUUCUCAGGCUGGACUUCGCACCUCGACCUCAUCCAGAUUGCGCUAGAUAAUGCCGGCAUCACCUACACGCGGCUCGACGGGAAAAUGUCGCGCCCAGCCCGAAACGCUGCGAUGGAUGCAUUCCGCGACGACCCCUCCGUCCAAGUCAUACUGGUCAGCAUCAUGGCCGGCGGCUUGGGGCUCAACUUGACGGCCGGCAACAGCGUUUACGUCAUGGAACCGCAAUUCAAUCCGGCUGCCGAGGCACAGGCUGUGGAUCGGGUCCACAGGUUGGGCCAGACCCGCUGUGUCCGCACAGUCCGUUUCGUCAUGAAGGAUAGCUUCGAGGAGAAAAUGCUCCAGCUACAGGACAAGAAGAAGAAGCUGGCCAGCCUCAGCAUGGAUCGUGAUCCCAAUGACCGUAUUACCGAUCGCACCGAGGCUGCCAGACAGCGCCUGAUGGACCUACGCAGCCUCUUCAAAUAAACGCAGCGAUAUGUCCUCUUGGCUCCGGCAUUGCCUACAUAUAUAACUCCUUCCGAAGUCCCCAUACUGGCCCUCUUGGAGUUCGUUCGCGAACAAAUCAACUAAAAACGCAGAGAAAGGAUACCGGUCGCACAGCAUCUCGGGCUUCGCAAGCAUAGGUGCCCGGCAAUGACUACGG